GCAAUUUUCAGUGUUCAGCUUUGCAUGGAUUCAAGUUGGUGUGUUGUGGCAGUUACCUGUACAGGUCAACAGAUGGCACAUGGCCUGUUUUAUUUCCAGAUGACUUGAAUCUACAGAUGUCCCUUCCUCAGGCAUUGGAACAUUCGCCUUCCACUCCUGAAAAGCAGGUGUUGGAGGAAGUUUCUCUGGAAAGGAAUAAUGGCUGCUCUCCUUGAUGGAACUGAUGACCAGUACACCAUGUGGGUUGUCCUGAGGUGGCAAGUGAAUUAAUAGGGAUGCACCAAGAAGGACCUGGACCAAACCUCACCAAAACCUUCUGCUCGGUUUCUCCCAAGCCCCACAUCCCGCUCAUCACUCACACAGCGUCCCUCAGGGAGAAGCAGAGCAGAGGCCCGGAGGCCCCACAAAGCAAGUUGAUUGACACAAUCAAGACUGGGAGCGAAGGAAACAAUGCAGGACGUGCAUGAAAUAAAGAAAAGACACAGAACCUUUUUUUUUUCUUUUCCUGAAGUUUGUUUAAUGUCAUGAGAGACACUGUGGCUCUGAUUCUUUUAAAGCCCAUUUAAAGGAGGUCAGGAGAUCUGACUUUAUCUUCUGUAAAUGGCACAGUGGUGUGAUUGGCUUUUGUUUUUUCCACGUUAUUAACAUGGUUGCUAAGGAACUAUGUCUGGAUUUGUUUUCAAAAAAAAAACUUUUGCUCGCAUGUUAUUCUCGGCAAUAAAUAAAGAAAUCUCUCUGUGGCUAUGCGAUACACAAGCACAAAAAAAAAAAAAAUCAAUCAAUCUGCUGUUGAAAAGAAACCUCUCAGUGAAUAGCGACUGCAAAUUAAUAGAUUCAUAAUCACGUCUGAUUCUCUGAAAAUCAGCGUUGUAUUAAUCACAUUUUAAUAACAAUAAAACAACCCGCAGCGCAAAAGAAAGAAAAAGAAAAAAGAAAAGAAAAAGCACACAACGUGGAUGUAUCAGUUCUGUGAAGAAACAUGAUCUGCCAUCAUUGAAAGAUGAUUUAUGGCCCUUGUAUUCACGCAGCUAUCGAGAUGCUUUCGAUACAUUAGUGAACAAACAACCUCAUCAAGUCAAUUUGUAAUAACGCUUUACAAAUUUAAUCGAGUAAAUAUGUCAAAAACUAUUAAUUUUAACCCAAUAUAAUAAAAGUAAUCACGGAAAUUGCUAUCAUUAGGCCAGCUAAGAAAAAAAAAAGAUAUAAUCAGCAAUGAAUCCUUAAUUCCGAGUUAUUAUUAUUAUGGAUUUUUUUUAUUAUUAUUAUUAUUUUUUUUCUCCUCAUUAUGUGUGAUGGUUACACCCGGUUGAAUUCUUUCCAUAUCAUUAAAAAAAUCACACUCACCACAUAUAGGGGCCUAAGCAAGAGGAAAAGUGGAGCGAAUGAGUGUUCUCAGGCUGCUGCACUAUUGGGCUGUACCCGUACGGUGGAGCGCCGCUGCCUGACAGGAAGCGUCAGAGCGCCAAAUAUGGUCAAAGCCCCGCCCCGUCCGCGUCAUAUUCUGACAGCGCCUCUCCCGUGGGUUUAGAGUUUUGGCUCCCGGGAAAGAUUUCAGUCCUCGGGGAAAGAGGGCUUAGUUUUGCAUGUUCCCAUCCAUCCUGCACGACGCGAAAGGGCCCCUUAUCCACCUCUCCUGUGUACUAGGAACACCUCCACUGGUGAUCAGCCUUUGCCUGUGUUUGUCUUGUGGAGAAAGCAGCAGCACCUUUUUGCAGGAGUGGGUUUUUUAUUCAACAAGAAGUCCUGAAGGUUUUGGAUGCGGGUGCUUCAGGGAUGUGGGCACUUUGAGAGCAGCAUCACCCACAAACACAAACAACUGCCAUCGAUUUUUCUGUGAAUAGCACGAAAGAAAAAAAAAAAAAAACAAGAGAGAGAGAGAGAAAGAAAAAAAAACAAAAAAACAAAGAGGAACAAUAGCAACACAAAAAAAAAAAAAAAAAAAUCUUGUCUAUUGAACAAUUCACUUUUCCAGCCUGUGGAUACCGCUCUAACUAAGUACAGCACUUUGAGAAUUGUUCACAUCGGACGGACUGAAGAGGGAGGCAAGACCUGUGGACCGGGUUUUCCCUCGCAAGUCUGAAUCGGCUCUCGCUACUUAUCCCGUGAAAAAAAAAAGAAAGCGAAAAAAAAGAGAAAAGCAACCCUAAAGGAUAACACGCUUGGACGUUUAUUUUUUUCCCCCCCUUUAAUUUUCAGCAGGAGGCUCUUUUUUUCCACGCAAAUUGUCCUAAAUGUUUGGGAUUCAGGAAACUAUACCGCGCGGUGGGACGACGAUGAAGGAGGAACCGCUGGGUGGACUGAACUCGGUCCGCUCCUGGAUGCACACAGCUGGGGUGGUGGACGCGAACACAGCCGCGCAAAGCGGUGUCGGCUUGGCACGGGCACAUUAUGAAAAGCAGCCCCCUUCCAACCUCAGAAAAUCCAAUUUUUUCCAUUUCGUCCUGGCGCUGUAUGACAGACAGGGUCAGCCCGUGGAGAUCGAAAGGACAGCUUUUGUGGACUUUGUGGAGAAAGAAAAAGAACCAACCAGUGAAAAAACUAACAAUGGGAUACAUUACAAACUACAGUUAUUGUACAGCAACGGCGUCAGAACAGAACAGGAUCUUUACAUACGGCUAAUCGAUUCCAUGACGAAGCAGGCCAUAGUUUAUGAGGGCCAGGACAAGAAUCCAGAAAUGUGCAGAGUUCUUCUUACUCAUGAAAUUAUGUGCAGCCGAUGCUGUGACAAGAAAAGCUGCGGAAACAGGAACGAGACUCCAUCAGACCCUGUGAUCAUUGACAGAUUCUUCCUAAAGUUCUUUCUCAAGUGCAAUCAGAACUGUCUGAAGAAUGCAGGGAAUCCACGAGACAUGCGCAGAUUCCAGGUUGUCGUAUCGACGACCGUCAAUGUGGACGGCCAUGUGUUGGCUGUUUCCGACAACAUGUUCGUACACAACAAUUCCAAGCAUGGGCGAAGGGCUCGCAGACUCGACCCUUCAGAAGGUACGCCUCCUUAUCUGGAGAAUGCAGCCACCCCAUGCAUCAAGGCUAUCAGCCCAAGUGAGGGAUGGACCACCGGAGGAGCCACUGUCAUCAUCAUAGGAGACAACUUCUUCGAUGGCCUACAAGUCGUGUUCGGCACCAUGCUCGUAUGGAGUGAGCUGAUAACUCCUCACGCCAUCCGCGUCCAGACUCCACCUCGGCACAUCCCCGGUGUUGUGGAAGUCACGCUGUCCUACAAGUCCAAGCAGUUCUGCAAAGGUGCCCCUGGGAGAUUUGUCUAUACUGCCCUGAAUGAGCCAACCAUCGACUAUGGUUUCCAGAGGCUCCAGAAGGUCAUCCCCAGACACCCUGGCGAUCCUGAGAGGUUACCAAAGGAGGUGUUACUGAAGAGAGCGGCUGAUCUCGUCGAAGCCCUCUAUGGAAUGCCCCACAACAAUCAGGAGAUCAUUCUGAAGAGGGCAGCUGACAUCGCAGAGGCCCUGUACAGCGUUCCCCGCAACCACAACCAGAUCCCCUCGCUCGCUAACACAGCCUCCCACGGCAUGAUGGGAGUCAACUCCUUCAGCAGCCAGCUAGCAGUCAAUGUGUCUGAGUCACAAGGGAAUGACCAAGUGGGCUACAGCCGGAACACCAGCAGCGUGUCCCCCCGGGGCUACAUCUCCAGCAGCACCCCGCAGCAGUCGAGCUACAACACCGUCAGCAACAGCAUGAAUGGCUACGGCAAUGCCGGUAUGAACCUGGGAGUGCCAAGCUCCCCUGGGUUCCUCAACGGAUCCUCUGCCAACUCCCCAUAUGGAAUUAAACAAAAGAGCGCCUUCGCCCCUGUGGUCCGACCCCAGGCCUCCCCACCCCCCUCCUGCACCAGCGCCAACGGCAACGGACUGCAAGGUGAGCCCCCCUCACCCCCUCAUCCCUUCCCUACGGACUACUGGUCAGAUACCGCUGCUCAGGCCUCUGUCCGGUUUGCCAUGUCCGGCCUGGUUGUCCCUCCAAUGUAAAUGCACUUUCAUCAUCUCGAGCACCAGUCUACACACUACCACUUCACAGGACACCCCUCAGCACACAGCCGAUCGCUGGUGUUAAUGUAUAGUCAACCGCUUGUUCUGUUUUUAAAGAUGAAGAAGAAAAAAAAAAAAGAGAAAAGAAAGAUUUUUUUUUCCCUUUUAAAAGACUUUUCACAAAAAAAACCUGCAGAAAAAAAAGGAUUUCAUGAGGAACAAUAUUUUUUUUUUUUUCUGUGGGAUUUUUUUUUUUUUUUUUUUUUUGCUUUGUUUUUUCUGCCCCACAUUUUCUCACCCUUGAAGAGGACACAGGAUGAUGGAGGGUUUAUUUUGUAUACCUUGUCGGGUUGCGCUUCGGCCUUGGAUCCGUCCAAUCAACCAACACAUUCAAUACUGGAAGGGACUCUGUGGACUCACCAUCUAGUUGUAAAGUAAAAGAAAAAAAAAAGAAAAAAAAACACUGAUGUACAGUACAUUUGCCAAUGAACUUCGAGAAAUUGUUUUUUCUGUUUCAACUCUCUUUUAAUAGAUUCACAACAGUUGUGUGUCUUUAUAAUGUGACUUUUUGUAUUUUUAUGUGUGAGAAAAAUACACAGGGGCCAAGACAGUUUGAAUUUCAACUGGAAAAUAUAUGAGAUAUAUAAUGUAGAAAAAUUGAUCAUAAAAGUACAACAAAUACGAGUAAAAACGGGACGGGGGCUGGGUGGGUAAGGUUGUAUCAUGUUUCAUUCCUGCAUUUUAACUUAAAUUUUGUAAUUUAUUGUAGCUAGAACUCAUCUUCAAAAGUUAAAAAAGAAAAAAAAAUCCUCUUCGAUUCAACAAGCACACUGACGUGUACAAAAACACUGCUCUGUUGAUGAAUAUGAUGUACUUCCAUGUCUAGAGCUUCCUUUUAAGCAAGUGUGUUUUGCCAUGUUUUUCAACUUUUUUGCUAGCACUGUAUAUUAAUGCAUUCCUAGGCUACUGUGAAGUCUGUUUCUUGUUGAUGAGGAGCAGUCUCCCCCUUCUAGCUCCGACUCCCUUAUGUGUUUUAUAUGUGGUUAAAAAUUGUAGACUAUUGUGAUAUUGCCAAACUUGUGCUAAAUAUUUAUACAUCUGUCUUUUUCAUGUUCUUUUAGAUCAACAAAAAAACACUUAAAAAACAAGUUUAAAAUCCAUUGAGAAUGUAGGAGUAUAGUAGCUCAUCGUCAUCUUUCUGUUCAAACACACACUUGCGCUCACUGAGGGAAAUUUUGUAACAUAUCAACUAUAAAUAAUGUAUUUAUCUCUGAAAUUUUGUAUAUUGCUUUUCAUUAUGUAUGUAUUAAUCGUCAUGCCCUUAAUAUAGUGAUGCAGCACAGAUAAUUCAGCCAAGAACUGUUGCCUUCAUUUGUUUUUCUUUUUGUAUUUGAUGAAAUGCAAUGUGCAUAUAUUUCAUGUGUAUCCUCAAAAAAUUUGUGUUACUCCGUCAA